AUGGUUCAGCUCUGUUUCGUUCUUGAUCUGCGAAGCUUGGCACCUCCAUUGCUAGGAGACUUAAAGCAGUCACUACUUCAACUCGCUAAUUUCUACGCGAUUUCGAGUCCGUCUUCCUCUGCGCGCAAAUCCGCUACUCUCAGUGAUAGAAUCGGUUUGUGCUAUGUCGUCAAGAAUCGUUUAACUUCUUCUGACGAGUUGAUGAUCGCUUACCGUCCCGUGGGAAAUUUCAACCUGCGCGAUUUUCACCACGCUGUUAACAGUUUGCCAUCAGAUGCCUUUCUGUUUGAUAUGGAUAACGUAUCUGAUGUAAUGAUUUCAGAUGUUUUGAGCAAACGAGUGUUGUAUUCUUGGCAAGGUAAAGAUAUUGAGAGAAAAGUAAUAGUCAUAACUUCGAUCUUGCCUGAAGAUGUGGAUUCUGUAAUGCAGAAGAGCCUCAUGGAUGCUGCAGAUAAAUGUGUUUCAAUUCAGACCUACAUCACAGAUUUCAGAUCAUUCAACGGCCUGGUUAAAAGAUGGCUGCAGUUUUUAAAAGAUGACAUGGACAAGCCCUGUCAAUGUCAGACAUGCAGAUGCCACGGCAUUCCUUUAGGAGAUGCUGAAAAAAAACUCAACAUGUUUUCCUGUCCAGUCACUGGCUCCAAUCUGGAAACAAGUGAUGUUAGUGAAAAUUCUGUUCGAGUUGGGGAAAAAACUAUUCUAUUUCUUCCCUCAUUCCAUAAUUCCCUGAAGCUCCUGCCAGUUUAUUCACCAAUCAACGUAACUGUUACUGAGAGGAUAAACUUGGCUUCUCUUGACGAAGGUCUAAUAAUGGGGGCUUCAUUUGUCGUGACUGCAUAUCCUUACCAUUUGAUCGAAACCAAUUCCGAUGAUACUGAUCAGUCAGACAUGAAUGCUCAACUUUUUCAAGGCCUUUCUAGUGUUCUACAUUCAAUGGACCAGGGUUUGCUAUGUUUUUCAAAUUGUGAUUUAGAAACAAUGACAGAGGCUCCUUAUCAUUGUUACUACAUUCUGCAGCCAUCAGAUAAUGCACCAAUGCUUAUGAGGCGCCUUGCAGGGGCAGAAGAAGUCAAACAAACUCCUGACAACCGAUUAAUUGAUCCAUUGGUCAAUAAGGAUGUAGAGAGCUCUGUUCAAGCCUGUUUGCUAAAGAUUGAAGUAACAGAUUACGACCCGCUGUUGCAUGAAAGAGGCUUUCAUCAAAAACUAAACGUGCUUGUCAAAGAAAGCCUACAAUUGGGGUUAGUAUUUCCCAAAAAGGAUGGUGCGUUUUCUGAACUUAACUCAAGUCAACAACCUUCAUCAGAGGUAAUCGGGAGAGCACAAUCAGCAAAUAAUGUCGUCGUGGAUAAGGAGAUUUUGUCUAUGGAUAUUACGGAUCAAGAUGACAGAACCAUGGCCUGUAUUACAGAAGAAUGGAAGCAAUUGGUUGUAAGCGAAGAGCCCAAGUUGCACUCUCCAUCUUGCAUGCCCAAAGCCAAGUUGGAUCAAUCAAGUAUAGCACCACGAAAUAGUAAUAGAGAGCUAGACAAGGAAACUUCAAGGAUUUUAGAGAGAUUGGAGGUUCCAAGGCCAUUGAAAGGAAAGAAAGUCUCUCCUGCUUUAAAUGAGAGUUGUGUGAAAAAUAAAACUGUGGCUACAAAGAAGCCUCUAAUACCAUUCCAGUCAACUCAAAAUACAGAACAAGUCAUAGUUGGCAGCCAGCUAUUGAAACCAAAUUUCCAGAGGCAGAAAAGAAAGCAAAGAUGA